AAUCUGUGAUAUAACCUAUCAACACACGUUGAAACAGGAAAAUUCGUAAAUCUGUGUUAAUUACCUACUGGAUUUUUAAAAUCCUAUAAAAUUAAGCCAAGAUGGUUUUAUCUGAAGGUGUAAAACAACGCUUAUCUAUAGUUAUAGAAUUGGGGAAGACAGUUUUUCAUUAUGGAUUCAUACCAACUGUCCUAUACUUAGGUUUCCAAAAAGGAUCAGAUCCAGGAGCUCCUGAAAUCUCGCUGCAGAGCUUAUUCUGGUGAACAUGGGAAUACAAAAGGAAAGAGAACAAGAGUGAAUCUAGUUGUGAUUAUUUUUAACGAUGUUUUCCACAAAAAGAAUUAUUUAUACUGUAUAAUUUUAAGCUUGUACACUAUAUAUGUUACUUUUAAGAGUGAGUACUUCAAGUGUUUUUAUGAGAAGGAAAGCUUUCAUUAAAAUCUCCUUAUAAA